AUGCGACCCUACGCUGCCUCGCUGCCUGCCCUGCGAGAGGUCGGGGAUAAGGUCAGAGCCCUCGAGGCGGAACUGGGCCAGUACACCGAUGAAGAUGGCGACCAUCCUCCAACAAGUGAAGAACUAGUCCGUCCGGGCGGCAUGAUUCGUCUAGGCGGCAACGACGAGACACCUCGUUAUCUAGGGCCAACCAGCGGUAUCGCCAUGACACGACUGCUCAUGGCCGAGGCCAAGCGGUUUACCGAUUCUAACAAGAUUUCUGACCUCAUCCCUGAGGUUCGGGCCAGGAGCCAGGCUCGCAUGCAAUCCAUCCAUAUGACGGGAUCGGGGAGCAGUAGGAAGAAGAGCUAUCCCAUGGUUAGCGAAUGCCCGGCCGAGGGUCUUCCUACGCGGGCGGUGGCCGAUAAGCUGGUAGAAAUUUACUUCAAAAAGGCUCAAAUCCACUGGCCUGUGCUUCACGAGAAGCUAUUCCAAGCAGACUUUGAUGCCGUCUAUAAUCGCGAUACAGACGUGUACAAAAACUUUACUGUUCGCAUGGUUAUCGCCGUCAGCUUGCAGAAACUGGACACGCAAUAUGCUGGGUUGGCCGACGGAUACUACAUGGCGGCAAUGAAAUACGUUGAAGAUAUUAUUCGUCCCAAAGACCUCAAAACGCUGCAGUGUCUCAUUCUCAUCGGGCAAUACUCGCUGCUCACCCCGACACGAACGCCCGUCUAUUAUGUUAUUGGACUGGCCACCAGAAUUUGCCAGCAAGAGGGACUGAUGGAUGAAAAGACCAUCACCUCGGGUUACAACUUGGACCCUCAGAUCAUCGAUAUGCGCCGGAGACUUGCAUGGAUAAUCACCACCAUGGAGUUUGGGCUUUCCUAUUACAUGGGCCGUCCCAGUGCAUUUGCCCUCAACAGCGACCGCUUGGAUGUCGAAUUCUUUUCUGUCGUCGACGAUGCAAACAUUACGCCUCAGGGAAUCGUGCCUGGUCCGCCUAACGCACGGAAGCUUGCAACCAUACAUUUCUACAAAAUGACAAACCCGCAGGCUGAAAUCAAGAGAACUCUAUAUGAAAGAAAGAGGCCAGAGCCUAGAAAUGAUGAUCACCCGUGGUUCCAUAGCAUGGAAAAGACGCUGAGGGAUUGGUUGGAUGCGGCACCUGAAGAACCUCCAUGGGCCAAGCCUUGGCCAUCUCCUCAAAUCCCGCAGCCGUCGCCUCGUGCAGCGCAAAUCUGCUAUGAAUCUUCUGCCGCCACGAUCGAUCUUGCUCAGAAGCAACUAGGCAGCGAUACUGUGGACAUCACUUGGGUGUUCCUUCUGACGGUAAACCUGGCUCUCAGUACACUCUUAUGGACGAUAUCCUAUCCCGAAGUUCGACGUAAUCACCCUCGGGAAGAGGUUGAGGAGUUGAUCAACACGGCAUUGGAGUGCCUGGACCGAUGUGCAGAGCGUUGGCCCGGGACCACAGCCACUUCACAGCUCUACACCAUAUUUUCCAAAGCAUGCCUGCAAAGCUACGACGCACAGGUGAAACUUGAAAGAGAGCCCUUUUCUUUUAGCAGCCCCCCGGCAUCAAGCGAGUCUCAGUCCUCUCCCGAAGGCUACGCCCAGUCAAACGCCACCACUCCCCGGCCUCUCCCCUACCUCAACCCUCCGACGUUUGGGUACGUUUUUGACUCGUCCCCCGAGUCUAUGAACAAUUACGUAUUCAACCCCAACUACCCUCCUCCGCAACCCACUUUCCGCUCAAACUCAAUCUUCUGCAACCCGGCUACCGACAACGGCAACCGACGAUUCUCUUACUUUCCCCCUGAUGCCACUCAUAUGGGAGAAUCAGGCGGCCUGGAGGAUCCUUCUCACGGGAUCCCUAUACCAGACCACAUAGCCCAUCAACUGCAGUCACCACCCGAUUCAUUCAUUCAAGCCAACAUACCGACCUCUAGACCAGGGCUUUCGCCAUCGGCAAUGGCGAUAAAGCAGACAUCAAGCGUCGCACCACUUACGCCAUCGCCUCUCUCAGCGCAGAGCAACAUGUCACCGCCUCAAAAACCCAUCAUGGCACAACAGGUGCCGCAGUCCCAACCCCAGCCUACAUACGCCGCCGCACGCAUGGCACAGCCAGUUCAUCACCAGCGACCGCUGCCGCCUGCACCGACAUCCGCAUCGGACUGGUUCGCCCCUCAGUCGCAAUUCAUGUCGCCGUACAACUUUGUCACCUCGGGCGGUGGCUAUUUCAACGAGGCCAUGGCGGGCAUGAGCGGAUUUGGAGGGUCCCCAGGACCUGGAUUGGGACUUCACAACAUCACUGCGCAGCUCGAAGCGGGUGGCAUGCAGUUUGGCUAUUCGCCCGGCAGGCAAGGCAGCCUGUCUCAAUCGCAGCAGAUGGAGCUCAUGGAGGACUUGGAGAAGGACGGCGUAAGUGCCAUGGAUGCGUACCUGCAGGACAACCCGAUGAAUGGGAGGGGGUGGUACUGA